AUGUCCCUGGCGGCCUACCUACCUGCCACCAAACUACACACGCGCCCAUUGCUGCCCUCACCGUCGCCGUCGCCGUCGCCGUCGCCGCCCUUUGACAGAGAGAGCUCCAACCCGAUUCUUCCUCACCGUGUGACCCUCCCGUCUUUCACUGUCAACACUCCCGAAUUGACACGCCAUCCUGGUCUACCUACCUACCUCACUGCUAACUGGCUCUUGACGGCCAUCCAUCGGCCCGCAACACACCCGCCUUGCCUCGCCUUGCCUUGCCUCACUCUUCUCUUCCUUUUUUUCUUUUUUCGCUCUCUUCUCUGUACCCGUAUCCAUUCCCAGUACCGCAACAAAAAGCACAAGCACAAGACGCAGACACCCGAUUCACAGUGGCAACCGGCACACCCACCUCAUCACCACUGUCCUCCACCCACCACUUCAACCACCACCAAAACACACGCACCACCCGCCCUCGGGCUAUCUUCUCCCUGCUUUGCAUCCUGGCUGACACCUCCCAAGAUUCGUCUUCCACUCCUAGAAUAUUUGAAUCUGUUAGUACCAGCUCGCCAGCCUACCAACCUAUUGCACCGCGCGCCCUCAGGACCGCGGCCACCGCGCUCCAGCGUUGCCACCGCUCAAGCCUACCAAGUCGUCCUUGUGACGCCCUUGCUUGCGGAACCGACCCUCAAAGAAGGAUCGACGUGCGUAAAGGCCCUACACACAAGACUUCUGCUAUGCGACGAGGAAUCUUUUCACGACGGUUACGGUUACGUCACCCACGACGAAGACAACUGGGCCGACGACGACGACAUCAGCGAGUCCGAAGCCUCAGUCUCCUACGGCGCUGUACCACCCGCGCCGCGCGCCGCACACCCCGCCCGCCUCCCGCUGAGGACCACCCAACCCCUACCACAUCAAGAACAUUACCGGCCGGCACGCCGCGUGCCGAAUCCUGCGCCCAGCGUGGAUCACCACGACGAGUACGGGCCCUAUGCCCAAGGCUACCCCGGCGGUCAGUAUGGCCGCGGUGGUUACCCAAGGUCAGGCCACCAACCCCCACAAGGAUAUGGCUAUUAUCCCCAAGGCCAGGUAAUGGCAUAUAACGGAAACCCCUUCAGUCCUGCGGCCAGCCCUUACACCAACCCCGCCAGCUAUGCUCAAGACCCAAGAUAUGGCAGCGAGUUGGCACAGUAUCCCCAAUACUUUCCCUAUCAGCAAUACCCGAUGGCUCAUCCUGGCAUGCAUCUGGAGGCGCCUGCCGCGCCUACCCCUGUCGCGCCUGCGCCGCCGCCCGCACCCGCAGGACCGACCCCGCGUGAGAUUCAGCUACAGGAUCAGGUUGCGGCCUUCGAGAAGGCGAAGCAGCUGCAGGAGCUGGCCGAACGCGAAAAGCAAAUAGAAGCCGAAGCACGUCGAAAGGCGGCUGAGGAGAGUCGAAAACUAGUAGAGGAGAUGGAGCGCUUCAAGGAGCAAACCAAGAUUGAACUGAACAGAGCCCGAGAGGAGGCUGCAAGAGCCACCAGAGACGGCAUUGCCGCUGAGGCUGCCGCCGCCGCAGAACGAGAGAAGCAAAAGGCAGAGGCUGUGAAGCAGGCCGAAGAGAGGGUCAGGAUAAUGUACGAGGAUGCAAGACGAGCCGAGGAGGCUAGAAAAAAGAAGGAAGCAGAGGAACACGCCAAGGCUGAGGCGGCACACAAGCUUCGCCUCGAAGCCGCACUGCGAGCCGAUGCUGAGGCCAAGGCGGCCGCAGCGAAGGCGGCCGCCGCAGAAGCUGAAAAGGUGAAGCAGAUCCAAGACGAGGCCAAGCGCAAGGCCGACGCCGAAUUCGCAGCCAGGAUUCAAGCGGAAAAGGACGCUGCCGCCAAGAAGGCUGAAUUAGAAGCCUUGGCAAAGGCUGAAAAGGAUGCCUACACGAAGAAGGUUCAGGAAGAAACGAAAGCCAACCUCGAAGCAGCGGCCAAGAAGGAUCGUGGCCCCUUUAUUCAAUUCAAGGAUGCUUUGAACCGGAAGUACAGCUUCCCAUAUCGUCUAUGUACGACGUGGCCGAAUAUGGAGGAGUUGAUCAAGCAGGCAUUUGACAACGUCGAGCACUUGGCCCAUUCGGUCCAUGAAGGAUGGUAUGAUUUAUUUGGCCCUGAGAAACAAAUCAUCCUACCAUCUCUCUGGGAAAAGACCAUCGAGCCGGAGUGGACAAUUUCCAUGGCCAUGUGGCCCCCGGAGCGCAUUCAGCGAGACCGUGCUCCCCCAGGAAUGAUGGCAGGCAUGGCUAGAGGUCGUGGUAUGGCGCCCCCCCCCGCGCCGCCUCCUCUGGGACGUGGUCGCGGCGGCAUGCCUGGCGGUAUGAUGCCACCAGAGGGAUGGGGAGUACACAAGCCGACGCCUGUUCCUCCUGGCAUUCACGUUGUUCGCGAUCCUGGCAAGAAGGACAAAAAGAAGAAGGGCCCUCCUCCCGCUGUACUUCUUGGCUUUUUAAGUGGAAAGGCAGUGAAGAAGAAGUACGCAUGCCGAAUAUUAUGA